AUUUUGCUGGUUGCAAUUGAUACACGUGCGGGAUUUUCGCUAAAAUAUUCUGGAGCGCAGUUAUUAGGCCGCGAGCCCUCGCAAAAGGCGCUCGCGUUAGGUCACCCAGUGAACGGAAAUAAGUGUAUGCGGAAAAAAUGGGUGCAAAGAAAAACAAAGUUUCCGACAUUGAAGAAGUGGAAUGCAAUGUUUCGUAUUUUCAAAUCUACCGCUACGCGUCAUGUUGCGAGUUAUUAGGCACAAUAUUUGGAAUUGUCUUCGGGCUGCUGAGCGGCGGCGGCGUGUGCUUCAGCUUGGUGCAAGUUGGUGAACUCAGCACGUCAUUCGUGGAGAGAACAACCUUUCAGAACCAUGUCUCCACGUACUUACCUCUCACCACAGUGUUUGGCGGUGGACGGAGGCUGUACAAUGCCUCUCACGAGGAGAACAUGGCCGCCCUGCUGGAGGACGCCAUUGCGAUGGCGUACGGCAUGCUGGCGGCUCUCAGCCUUUCCGUGCUCUGUAAUAUCGUAUCAGUGGCGCUCAUCAGCUGGAGCGCACUCAGACAGAUCACAAAAAUUCGCUUAAAAUUUCUAAAAACUGUGCUUCGACAAGACAUGAGCUGGUAUGACACAAAUUCAGAAUUCAACUUAGCUUCAAAAAUGUCAGAAGACCUGCAGAAGCUGAAAGAUGGCAUGGGUGAGAAGCUGGCGGUAGUAUCGAACCUUGUAGGGACGUCGUUACUCUGCAUUUGUACUUCAUUCCCUUUAGGUUGGGAACUAACGCUAGCAUGCCUUGUUGUUAUGCCAUUCUCGAUCGGUGCCUCUGUCUAUCUCUCUAAUUACCAAACUAAAUCUUCCAUACGUGAAAUGGAAUCUUACAGUCUAGCUGGAAAACAAGCGGAAGAAAUCCUUAAAUCGGUCAAAACAGUCGUCGCUUUUGGCGGAGAGAAAAAAGAAGUGGACAGGUACAAAGACCUGCUAAUGCCAGCGGAAACUUACGGCCGCAAGCGCGGGCUGUACUCCGGGCUAGGGAAUGGUUUCAAUUGGGUCCUAACGUAUUCACUGAACGCCAUAGGUUUGACCUACGGCACCAGGCUUGUCCUCUUAGACCUCGACAAGCCUGAUGAGGAAAGAAACUACGUUACUGGUGUUGUGUUCUCUAUUCUGUUCCUAAUAUACAUGGCGACCCAAUCCAUAACUCUAUGCGUCCCGCAUGCCGAAGUGUUCGCGUCGGCCCGAAGCGCUGCGACCACUUUAUUCAAGCUGUUCGACAGAGAGACGAAGAUCGAUAGCAUGUCUGAGGAAGGAUUGACCCCGCGCCGCGUCAUCGGAGACAUCAAGAUUGACGAUGUUUACUUCUCUUACCCUUCCCGACCAGAAAUUAAGAUUUUAAAAGGAUUCUCGCUGAAUAUAAAAAGAGGCGAGUGCGUCGCGCUAGUAGGAUCGUCUGGAUGUGGAAAGUCGACCAUACUGCAACUGUUGCAGAGACUCUACGACCCACACUCAGGAACAGUGCACCUGGACGGGAGGGACAUCAAGUCACUUAAUGUUGGGUGGCUGAGGUCUUCAUUGGGCGUGGUCGGUCAAGAACCAGUGUUAUUCCGAGGGAGCAUACACGAUAACAUAGCAAUAGGAUUCCCUGAAGCAACGAGGCAAGAGGUGCAAAGGGUCGCGGAAAUGGCUUACGCACACGAUUUCAUUACAAGAUUGCCAAACGGUUACGACACAGUGAUAGGCGAGCGUGGGGCAUCCCUCUCCGGAGGUCAGAAACAGCGGAUAGCGAUAGCGCGGUCCCUGUUGCGGGACCCGGCGGUGCUGCUGCUGGACGAGCCCACCUCCGCUCUGGACCCUUACUCCGAGAAGCAGGUGCAAGCCGCCUUAGAUAAGGCUAGCGUGGGACGGACUACUAUCACGGUCUCUCAUAGACUUUCAACGAUUGUAAACUGUGACCGCAUCAUCUGCAUGGACCAAGGUGUUAUAGUGGAACAAGGAACUCACAGCGAGCUCUUGAACAAGCGAGGAUAUUAUCACAAGCUGGUAACAACGGGAAAAGAAAAUACCGAAAUAGAAGAAAUCGAACCGUUACCGGAAGAGACGGAGGACGAAGAAUGUGGUGACGUCACGCGACCGCCGCACACUGAAGUGAAGAGAGAGUCUACUAGGCGAUUGCGUAGGCAUCACUCGGUCAGAGAUUCACAAGAAUGGAUGACGCCGCGAGCCUCGAUAUCCUCGGUGGUGUCCGCCAGCAUACAGAGCUACGUGUGCAACGCAGAGUACGAGAUGGAACAGGAGGAGGAUGAUGAAGAGGAGGAGCUGAAACCCAUCAGCGACUGGGAGCUGAUGAAGCUGAACAGUCCAGAGUGGGUGCAAAUCACGAUCGGAGCCAUCGCGGCGCUCUCGCAGGGCGCCUGCUUCCCGCUGUUUGCCCUACUCUUUGGUUACACCAGUGCUAUAUUCGCCAUGACAGACAGGGAUACGAUCACCUACCUCGCGGAUCUCUACUCGGGUUUGUUCUUAGUAGUGGCCGCCGUCGCAGGAAUAUCCAUGUGCCUCCAAAGCACAACCUUCACCAGUGCCGGACUCAAAAUGACCACCAGACUUCGAUAUAUGUACUUCGAGGCUCUUUUGAGACAGGAAAUCGCAUAUUUCGACAAAGAGUCGAACACUGUGGGGGCUAUAUGCUCGCGGCUGAGCGGCGACACGGCGGAGAUCCAGGGCGCCACCGGGCUGCGCGUCGGCAUCAUCCUGCAGGGACUGAGCUCGGUGCUCAUCGGGUUCCUCAUGGCGGUCAGCUACAACUGGAAACUGACGCUCGUCGCCACAGCAUUCUUGCCGUUGAUGGUGGGCAGUAUCUGGUUCGAGGGGAAAAUGUCAAACAAAUCGGAGCAAGACGAGCGUAAAGCGAUGGAGUCCGCCAUCGCCAUCUCCACAGAAGCAGUGGUCAGCAUCAAAACUGUGCAGAGUUUAGGUAUAGAGUCAAUAUUCUUGAGAAAGUUCCACAAAGCGUUAAAAGAAGCUUCAGCUGCGGUUGUGAAGAAGACAAGGUGGAGGGGUUUGGUGCUCGGCAUGGGCAUCUACGUGCCGUUCCUCUCGUUCGGCAGCGCCAUAGUCUACGGCACCACGCUGAUAGUGAGUGGGGAGCUUGAUUACAAGACUGUGCUGCUGGUGACUGAAGCGGUUAUGUACGGCGCGUACAUGCUGGGUCAGUCGCUGGUGUACGCUCCCGGGUUCAAAUCAGCGAAGCAGUGCGGUGCCAGGAUCCUGGCCACCAUCAGCAGAGUUCCAGUAGUGAGAACUGAAGAUAAUAUAAAGGAUCAGAAAGAUUGGGUGGCUUCAGGAAGUUUCAGUAUGAAAGAGCUGGAAUUCCACUACCCGACCCGCAGGAAACACCCAGUGAUCCGAGACAUCAGCCUGGAGGUGGAAGCUGGGAAGACCAUAGCGCUGGUCGGCUCCUCGGGCUGCGGCAAGUCCACGCUACUGCAGCUCAUGCAGCGGUUCUAUGACCCUGACUCUGGAUCUAUUAAACUAGACAACUGCGACAUCCGUGCGGAAUUGACACUGCCGCGCCUGAGACGACAGCUAGGUGUAGUGCAACAAGAGCCGGUGCUCUUCGACCGGACCAUCGCCGAGAACAUCGCGUACGGCGACAACAACCGCAAGGUGACCAUGCACGAGAUCGUCGCCGCCGCCAAGGCCGCCAACAUACACAGCUUCAUCGUCUCGCUGCCAAAGGGAUACGACACGAACCUCGGCUCAAACGGGGCCCAACUGUCCGGCGGUCAAAAACAACGCAUUUGUAUCGCACGAGCUCUCGUCAGGUCACCGAGGCUGCUGCUCCUAGACGAGGCUACCUCCGCCUUGGACACUAAUAGCGAAAAGGCUGUGACGGACGCUUUAGACAAAGCAGCUAAAGGCCGCACCUGCGUCACAAUAGCACACCGUCUCUCCACCAUCAAACAUGCAGACUUAAUAUGCGUGUUGGACAAAGGACUCAUUGUCGAAAGUGGCACCCACGCGGAGCUUCUCAGUCAAAAAGGACAUUACUGGCGAAUGAGUAAACAACAGAACGUGCACUAAUGUAGAAUAAACAUUUCUAGUACAAUUGUAUAUAUACCAAAAACUUAAAUCAUCGACUAUACACCCUAUUGCAGAUAGAUAUAAAGCACAAUCUGCCACGGGGCUAAUUUUCUUAUAACUGGCGAAUUACUAUUGUGAUACAAGUUAGUUUUGAAUUAAGUGUAGUUUUCGAUACGCAGCAUAAUGUUAUAAUUUUGUAAUUGGAAAUAUUCAGCUGUUGCUGAAUUCUAUGGGCUGUCUUGAUCUAAUUGUUUUUAUAUGCAGCGAUUUCCUAACAUAUAAUAAAUAUGUACUAAAAAUAAUAUAUUCAAAUGAAAAUCUAGAUUUCUUUCAAUGCCUACAAACUUUAUACUGUGUGCGACUCUACCAAGGCGGCCUAUAGUCCAAGAAUAAAGAAAUGUAUCAAUUGUUAGUUUGUCAGCUCGAGCGCAACAAUGGUCCACUACUUGACAUAUGUCACGGCGGCAAUCAUAAAGUUGGAUUUCAACGUAUAUUCAACCCUACGAUGAUCUUCAUAGAUGAUCUGGCCAUUAUUACACUCUCGCCUACAUUUGUUGAAUUUUUUAAAUAAAUAUUAUCAUUAGUUUUUCA